AUAUUUUUUUCAAAUAAAAAGAUUUGUCAUCAUAAUUUUUUUCAUUAUUCAUACAUGGAAUGUCUUCUUUAACAUGUGCAAUGAACGUGGCUAAUUUUUGACAAAUACGAAAUCAAUAUGGACCGAAAAUCUAUGGCGCCACCAGUCGCUAGACCAAAUAUUCGUAAUCCUCUUUUUGGUCAUAUUUGGAAUACCAGAAAAUCGGCCAACAAAUCUGCGACAAGAAGUGCCAAACCAAAUUCUUUUGCUCAAAAUAGUGAUCAAAAUUUAAAUGAUAAGCAAUUGAAAAAAAUUAUUUCAUACAAUACUAAUACUAAAAAGAAACCUGAACGAUAUUCAUCAUUAUUGGAUUUAGAUUCAUUGUCCAAACAAAGAGAAAACAUAGAAGAUCGGCCAACAUCAAUAUAUCACCAUAACGAUCGCGAAUUUCUCCAUUCACUUCGAAAUUUCAAUAAACAUCAUCAUCAUCAUGCCAUUACAUUCCGUACAACAUCAUUAGCACGUUAUAUGAAAAUGAGUCGUGAAAUAGUUGAUGAUUUUGUUCGGUUAAAAGCCGAUGAAUUCGAACAACAAGAUGCAAAAACAGGGAAUCCAAUUGUAGCCAAAAUCGAUCAUAUGACACCGACAUUGAAUAAUGAAAUUAGCAUGGGUAAACAUUUUCGAAAGAAUCCUGCCACAAAAAAACGAAUGAUACGACCGAAAUCGGCCAUAGCAACUCGACGUAAACAAAUUUCCAAUGGAAUUAUUCAUUCAAAAAGUAGUACAAAAUUGAAUAAUAAACCUGAACAAUAUUAUAGCGAUGAAGAAACCGGGUGUCAUCAAGGUGACGACGAUCAAAAUUUAGAUGAUACUGAUGAUCAAGGAAUGAAACCAUUGUUUCAUCGAUCUAUGGAUCGAAUAUCAUCAAUAGCCAAUUGGGAACGACAAAUUCGUUAUGAAUUUGAAAUUGAAAAAGAAUUACAGAAAAGAGAGCUAGAAAGACAACGUGAAAAGCUUCAAAGUGAUCAAAGAAAAUUAGAAGAUUGGGAUAAACAAUUACGUAUCGAAUUGGAUGCACGUGAACGAAAAUUACGUUUAGGUGAAGAAGAGCUUAAAUCACGUGUUGAAGAUUUCAACCAGAAAACUAAUGAAUUAAUGCGACGUGAACAGAUGAUCAAUGAAAUUGUUGGUGAACGAAUCAAAGCAGAGAUGAAAUUCGAAAUUGAAAAAUUGAGAAAAAAAUUCAACGAGCUAGAGAUUGAUAAAAGUAAUCUGAUCAAAAAAGAAGAACGAGUUAAAGAAGUUGAAGCUCGAUUACAUGAACAAGUGAAGAUUGUCAAAGAAAAAAUUGAUAGCAAACGUAUGAGCGAUAUGGAAUUGGCAAAAUAUCGUAAAGAAUUGGAAAUAACAAAGAAGGAAAAUGAAGUGCUAAAGGAAAAAGUCGAUAGUAUGGAAGAUUAUCAGAUAACUAAAUUUGAAAAUCGAGCAUUCAAAAAUGAACUUCAAAUUCUUAAAGAAAGUUUAGAAAGUAAAAAUCAAGAACUAGAACGCGAUCGAGAGCGAUGGGAACGAGAACAGCGUUCGAAUGAUCAGAAAAUUAUUUGUUUAAAAAGAGAUUUACGAAAAGCAGAACAAGAAUCGGUGUUGCUCAAGCAAAAAUUUCAGGCUGAUCAAGAAGAAUUCUCUUCUAAAUAUGAAGCAGCAAACGGUCAAGUAAAACGUUUGCAAGCGUUCAUUAAGGAUCAUCUCGCUAAAUUGAACAACGAUUUUUCUAGUACAACGCAAACUUUUAAUCAAUUUCGACCAUCAGUAUCGUUUUCAAAUGGCAAUAAUCAUCAACAUCAAAUAAGCCACCAUCGAGGACAUUCGUUAUAUCAUGUUCCUACAUCAUCUGCGACAUUGAAUCAUCAUCGUUCAUCAUAUCAUCAUCAACGUUCAAUUUCAAUGGAUGGAUUCCAUAAACCUCAGAAUCGCUAUUCACAUGUUAGAGGAUGUAGAUUAUGCAAUGAUAAUGAGAAUGAUCUUGAAUAUGAUAAUAACCAUAGCAAAUACGGAAUUCUUCAUAGGAGUGGUGAUGUACAUAUUCUUCAUGAUGACUAUGAAGAAGCAGAAGAGGUAGAAGAUCGUUUAUCGUCAUGUAGUACAGCAGAAAAUAAUGAAAAACAGCACGAACAAUCGACAUUUUACAAAUCAUUCGAAACGGAAAAAGAUGACUAUGAGAGCCAGAAUAAUUCACCGAAAAAAUUAGGACAAUCAUCUUCGGAUGAAUUUGUGCGUAAAAUUAUAGAUAAAAUCUAUGAAAAAAUGUCCAAUAAUAAAUUACCCGACGUUUCAUCGAUCAUAGAUGACAAUAAUGAUGUAAGCGGUGAUAAUUUGAAUGAUCACCAUCAUAAUCAGUUUGAAAAUCGUUUCAACCCACCAGAAAAUGCUUCAUUAGAUCGAUCUGACCAAAACCACCAUCAAAACUCACCAUUAGUACAUCGAACCCUAUAUGAAGAAUUGCUCAUUGCAUCCGAAUUAGAAACUUCUUCAAAAAAAUUAAACAAGAUUGAUUCGAUUGCUACUGGUAUUUCGCGAUCUCCAGAAAAAACAUCAAAUAUUGUUAAAGGGUCAGAUUCAAUAUUUUCAUCAUCACUGAAAUUUCAAAAUGUCACACAGCCUUCUCAAAUUGCUAUAGCAAGUGUUUCAUCUAAACUUGAAAAUGAUACCAAUAAUAAUAGGAUAAAUGGCGGUGUUGAACCCAAAACCAGUUCGAAUUCAAAUUCAAACGGAAUGAUCAUGAUGGCCAAGAACAAUUCGAACGUUGUUGAUCAUUCGAAUCAUAGUUCAAAAUCAAGUGAAUCUUUUGAGGUCGACUGGUAA